UUUAAAUAUUCGCGCCAAGUUAACCGCUCAAUCUCACAUUUCAAUCUGAAAUUCGCGACCAAAGAGAUGAAGAAAACCGGAAAGAAAACCAAACCGACGGUGGCGGAUCUUCUGAAAUCACCGUCGCCGGUGGCUUCACCGACGGCGAAUUCUCCGGCGAUUUUCAAGAGAGCAGUUUCUUCCUCCUCCAAGGGCGCGAAGAGAGGUUCGCGAGUUGCUCUCGCCACCAGCACUUCUCCACCUCGCGGUCACAGAGCUCCGAGCAACAUCUCCGACCUCAGGAACUUCGCCUCUUCCGGCGUCGACGAUCUCAAACGCCGCAUCGAUCGCUCUCACUCCGAGAUCCUCAAGGAUCUCGAGGCUUCUAACUCUCGUCUCCACAAACGCUUCAAGAUGCAGAAUCAAGCAUACCAGCAAGUUAUGGAUGAAGCAGAGAAGGAAUACAAAAAGGUGUCUGAAAGAAUAACGGAAAGCAGAGAUGCAAUGAAGGCCUCUUAUGAAGAAUUCAUGGCAGAAGCACAAGCCAGCGCUUCUCGUGCAUGCAAAACUUCAAUCGUUGAGCUUUCGCAGUCGUUUGAGAAGGCUAUUGACUCUCUUCGAAACCGUUACGGAAUUCCAUCAAAUUAGCCAUGAGUAGCUGGGUGGAUGCUCAAUUGCUCACUGAUUGCAUUAAGGUAAACAUUACUUUUUUGACGUCUUUCAUGGUUUAUGGGAUUACGCAGUACUGUUGCUUCGUAUUCAUUCAUCUAGCCGUAGAGUUUAACCUCGAAUGAUGAUUUCCUUUAAUGAUUUUAUGCAUGUUCUAUUGAAAAUUGAAAUAUUCACAGGGUUAGCAUUUUUCAUAAAUUGAUUUAAGAAUGGAAGUUGCCUAUAUGCAGAAAUCCAGCAUCCCCAACUAAAAUUGAAGGAAUGAUUAAGAAUUCAAUAAGCUAGAAAUAACUGGAAGACACAAACAAAUCAAAUUUGGUAUCAAUGUGAGAAUGCCGCCUUUCUUUUUCGUUGAGAGUAGCAUUUU